AUGAACGGUUUAUCUUCAAAUUCUGGUCCUAGAGAAGUCAUUUGUGCUCUCUUGAGAAACUUUUAUACUUAAGGAUGGUGCGCUGGUUCAGGUGGUGGUAUAUCUAUUAGAAAAAGCGACGAUGAAAUAUAUGUUGCACCUUCAGGUGUAUAAAAAGAAUUGGUUUAACCUGAAGAUAUCUAUGUUAUUAAUGUUAAUGGAGAUGUAGUUGAAAACCCUAAAAAUCCAAAAUUAAAACCUUCUGAAUGCACUCCUCUUUUUAAUGCAGCUUAUAAGCUUCGUCGUGCUGGUGCUGUUUUACAUUCUCAUGCUCUUCCUGCAAUGCUAGUUACCAAGCUCUUUGGAACUGAAUUUUAGACAAUUGAUCAUGAAAUGAUUAAAGGUAUUCCUAAUCACCAUAAUACAGAAUGGUGUGUCGUCCCUAUCAUUGAAAACACUGAAAAGGAAUGCGAAUUAACAGAACGUUUAACUAAUGCAAUCAACGCUUAUCCUCGUUCUAAUGCUGUCUUAGUUCGUAAUCACGGUGUUUAUAUUUGGGGAGAAAAUUGGGAAAAAGCAAAAAUACAUGCUGAGUGUUACCAUUAUUUAUUCGAAGCAGUUGUUGAAAUGAAGAAAUUAGGUUUAGAAAUUCCACGCACUGUUUCAAGCAGUAGCCAAUUACGUGCUUGGUAUAUUGAUGAAAAUGCAAUUGGCCAAGAUGGUGAUAUUCGUGAGAGCUUACACUAUCGCUCAUAUAAGUGGGUUAAUCCAGAAUAUUUGGCAACAAUUGGUGUUGAACACUGGAAAUUAGACGGAGAAGAGAAUAAUACUGAACUUGAAAGAGUUUGCAAAUAAAGAAAUUACUCUUCUCGUGAUUAAAUUAAAUGUGGAAAUCAUUGUGAAAAUUACUAACAAAUGUUAUCAAAUUUCAGAAAAGAACACAUCCAUUUAGAUGAAGAGAUUCGCUAUAUUAUAGGUGGUAGUGGUUAUUUUGAUGUCCGUGACCAUGAAGAUAAAUGGAUUCGUAUCCAAAGUGUUAAAGGUGAUUUAAUUGUACUUCCUGAAGGUAUAUAUCACCGCUUUACAACUGAUAAAAAUGAUGGAGUUCAUGCUAUGAGAUUAUUUAAGGAUGAACCUAAAUGGACACCUUAUAAUCGUCCUUGUGAUGAAUUGGAAAGCCGUAACAAAUAUGUAGAUUAAUUCUUAAAAAAGUUUUAAAAAUGA